CCCUUAGGCCGUGUCCCUAUCCUUAUAAAUUACUAAAACCUCCAUCUCGCUUUCCAAAAAUUUUCCCUUUAUUUUAUUUUCCAUUAAUUGCCACCCACGAACUCUUUAAUGCCGCCACCUCCCCACGACUCCUCCCGCGGUGGUUCACCACUGCCGCCGUCAAAACCAAAAGAGAAGUUCCUGUCAUUAAUCCUGAAAGCCAUAAUCAUGAUGUUUCUCGUUACCUUCUUCUUCCUCCUCCUCCCUCUAGCAUCUUUUCUCCUUCUCCUUCCUCUUCUUCUCCGCCGCCAGCGCCAUCGCCAUCGCCGCCACUCUCAUCCCUCGUCUGGGUUUUGUCCGAAACAGCUCAGACAGCUUCCUCAGUUCAGAUUCUCCAAGGAAUCAAAAGCUACCCUUUUGGAAUCUGACUCUUGUGUUAUUUGCUUGGAUGGGUUCAGACAAGGGCAAUGGUGUAGAACCCUUGUUGGUUGUGGCCACUUGUUUCAUAGGAAGUGUUUGGAUGCUUGGUUAAUGAAAGUCGCCUCUUGUCCAAUUUGUAGAACGAGGGUUUGCUUGGAUAGUGAGGAUAAAAUCAUUUGGGAUUUCGAUACAAGGAGAACAGGUUUUCAGGGUUUGUUAGAUUUGUAACUGUUUUGUUUGGAUUUGUUUUAAUAUUUUUGUAGUCUACUGAAAUUUUGGUUUCGUAAGUUAUAAUGUACAGCUGCUUUUCUCAAUAAUCAAUGUGAAAAUUCCUGCAAUUUUUGUUCGCGUUUGUAUAAUUUUGUUAAUUGUUCAACACCCAUGAGUUAGAGAACUUUAAUAAUGGAAUUCCCUUUUAUUUAUUUAUUUGUUUAACUUUUCUUUAUGAUUGUUAAAAGGUUGUUGGUAGCUUAAAUUGAUUUGAUAAUAAUGAGGAAGUUGGUUUCUGGGUCUAGUUUAAUUAUGAACUUUGAAGCAUAUUGAUCUCAUAGAUGGAUAAAAAAGGGAUUCAAAGAAGUAUCACCAUUUUGGGCUUGUUGAGGUUUCAUUACUGUAUGAUUGUUUGUGGAUGUGAUUCUUCUUGUUAUUUCUGUCUGUUGUCCUUUGUCCAUACCAAGUCAAAGAUCUCAGAUUAAUGUGUAAUUUUGAGGUGGGGAUUUCAACAAUUCUUUUGUUUUGCUAUGUAUAUCAAAUUUGAGAUAUUUUAUUUAUGUUAUUGCCUUACAAGAAUUUCCUGCUGUAGUAUUUUAUCUAAGUCUCCUUUGGGUGGAAAAAGAAGUGGAAAAAGAAUCUAAUAGUUGACCUGUUUCCUUAUUAUAGAGGAUGAUGCAGUUUGCUGAGUUACAACAAUAGAUGGUCAUAAACUCAUAAUUAAGGCCAUAAUAAUAAUAAUAAUAAAAUAUUAGUAAGAUCUCUCUAUCUCCUCAAUGUAGUUUAUUCCUAAGGAGAUGAAAACAAACUUAAUGUCAGCCUCAAAUGUUCCAAAUGACAUUGUAAAAUUUCAGUUAGCUUUUUCCAUCUGGAAAAUGUAGUUACUCUUCUAUGAGAUGGAAACAAGUUUAAAAUCAGCAUCCCUUUGCCUUAUCUGUUUCUAAUUGUCACAGUGGGAUAAUCAAAUUUCAGUGAGAUUCUUUUUCCCCUUUCAUCUGCAAACUUUAGUUCCACUUCUAGGAUAUGGAAACAAGCUUAAUAUGGUCUCCCAUUGCCCUAGUGGGUCUGAUGUAACUAUCAAGUGGCCUUUUCUGUUAUUGAGGGCUCAGAAACACUUUGCAUCAUCUAUUCUUAUCCUUCCUCCAGUCAUAGUUGAAAUAGAUUGUUUUGCCGGAGGAGAUUCUAUGCGUGUUUUCAAGUUGGUCUUGACUACUUGAGAGUUAGUUCAGCAGGUUGCGUCUGCUAUAGCAAAUUAGCAAUACUAUUAUUAGUUUCAUUUACAUCCAACUUAUCAAUGUCCUACAUCACCGUAUGAAAUGGAUAAAUUUCUUUGUCCAAGUCCUCGUAGUAACUGCAAAAACUUCUAUGGAACCAUACAUCUUUGGAUGAUUAAUGUGUGCUGACACUUGCUGAUGAUUACUUUCCCAUAUUGGUCACCGUCUGCUUAGCAAUAAGAUCAUACCUGUAUUGGAUGUUUAAAGCACCACAACCCUUUAUCCCCUGGUUUUACCUGAUAAAUAGGUUUGUACGAGGAAUAUCAAAUAUGGUCACCAGAGUCUAUUAAAGGCCGGAGUCAGGUCAUGAGUCAUUACUGCGGUGACCUAAUAUUUUUACUUGACUUUGCAUCUUCAACUUCAAGUUAUUAAUGGUUUUCUCUUUUCUAAGAUAUACAUAUAAGCCAUUUAAAGCUGACAAAAGAUACUGCUCUUUAUAGAUGAUUAAGCAUGAUAGAAACUAAGAAAUUGUUAUCUAUAAAUUUGCACUGUUAUUGUGGAUAAAGUUGGGUAACUCAUUAACUGGUAAUUUCUCUGUAUAGUGCAUACUUUGUUUAUGAGUUAAUCAAAUUCGUAUAAGACCUGCCUUUUUCAGCUUUCCUUGCUUCUCUUCUUAAGUCUCAACUUCUGCGUGUUUUCCGUGGCUUCUCUGCAAUUCUUCCUUCCAUCAACUCUUUAAAACCUAGUGCUACUUGCCUCUUGCUGGAUGGAAAGCUUUUCCCACCCUGAUGGUCCCAUUCAUGUCAAUCCUCAAGCCUGCCAUUAGCUUUAUCCACUACUUGCUUUCCGUUAAUUGGUUCCUCACCAUUCAUGGUCAAUGCCAAUGGAGGAACUACCCUUAUACUCCAAAAAUUGAGUUCCUAACGCAAUGGUUCAGGAAGUUACUAAUUGAAUGAUUAGCUAAAAUAUGUCAAUUGCUCCACCUAGUCUCUUACUAAGAAGCCCCUUCCUCUUAUCCAUUCCUCUAAUCCAUUUGGGGCCGACCAUUUCGUUGCCAUGAUCACCAACAAGAAGUCAUGGACAGCAGGCAUCAACCCUCGUCCAAUUUUUUGAAGAGCAGCUUCUGACAAGUGUGCUUCUGCACCAACGGUGCUUAGAUAAGAUUACUGAUACUGGUCAGAACGGCAGGUCCAAGACACCAUGCUUUGGUUCCAUAUCUCUAGAAGUGCUCGAGAAAAAAAAAGUACCCGUGGGGUAACUAUAACUAUUAACUGUUUUGCUAGUACUCUUGGGAUGUUAGCAUGUCUUUGGCAAGUAUUGCACUUUCUGACCAGGACCAAGGCAUCCGUCCUUAUCGUUCCAAGGAGAGUGUUCUUCCCAGCACAGACGGUGCCACUUGUUCGGUAUAUUUUUGAAGAGCGCCUGUCCCUUGAGCUCUGCGAGCCACCAAAUCUACAAGAGAAAAAAGGUCUUGCAUAUUGAGGGGUUGGUUGUUUGGACCGAGCACAUGCUUCUAUUUCUCUGGGCCUUUGGCCAGGUCUAUAACACUUCCAAUAGUACUUGUUCUUUCGUGUUUGGUUGGAAUACCAUUGAUUCUGACUGAUUGACAUUAAUUAGUGACGAAUAUAUGGACAAAUUCGUAUCGAUUUAUUUUACGACACAGAAAUUUUAUCCGUUCAACUAUGACAUUGACAGCUGAUUAGGUUUCAUUAUUCCGAAGCCAUUUUUUUUCUUUAUUAAUCACAUUAUAGUAAACCAAUAAUCAAUUGAUAGCUGAUAUGUUUUAAUGUUUAACAAUUUACCAAGCAUUUCAGUUAAAUCUUGUCUCUCUCAUCUGGCUUUGGAAUUGAGGCACAAACUCGUCGUCACAAGUAAAUAUUUUAUGGAGAACAAAUCACCAGCUUUACAGUUUACAAAAUCCUUAAUUAAAAAAUAAAGGAAAUGCUCCAAACAUC